AUGUUCGUAACAUACACCGUCGAAACCUCAGUAUACACAUUGUCUGCAGGCUGCAAGCUCGUUGGAGAGGCCAUGGCAGCAGUUACGGGACAUAUUGUAGUGCCCACGGCGAUGGUCUCGGUAGUGAGGAAUGUAGUCUUAUCCGUAGUAGGACAGUCGGUCAGUGAAGUUGGACAUGAAGUCACAGUGCGGACUUGGGUGGUAAGGAUUGCAGAAGUGGUAGAGAGUCCUUCAAGUGAGGAAGCAGACUCGGAAAGGCUGCUGUUGUGGGUAUGGAUAGCUGGCUGCGGAGAGGUUGAAUGGCUCGAUAGAACGGUACUUUCGUUCGCAAAUGAAGGCAUAAAUGAGGCGGAGGAUGCUGUGUAUUGGCUUGAUGAUUGCAUCGGUACCGAAGAGCUUGGAUGUAGAGAUGAUGAAGCCGAGCUUGAUGCGAUUGCAAGACGCGAGGUGGUAGACAUCGCAAAUCUUGAACUCGGGGUAAAUGUAAGAGUAUCGCUGGAUGAGUGCCAAUGUGAGCUGCUGAGUCGAAUAGCGAUGGAGGAACUUCCGGCAGCGGAUGACUGGUUCGGCAUGGAUGACUUAUCCGACGUCAUGAAAGAUGAAGAGUCAGAAAUAGAUGCAGGUACAGAGGCAGACGAGAACUGUAUCACUGGUGUUGAUGUGGACGUCGACGAGGGAGUAGUGGUUCCCAAGGUGACCCGAGUGAUGGAAAUUGCGGGGAUAGAACUGGAUACUGCGACUGAAGAUGUGGAAGAUGGCACAACUGGCACAGAACUAGUCUGA